CGCAGGGGAGGAAAAAGGGGGCGAGUCGAGCACCUUGCGCCCUGCGUCUCCGUGCGUCUCUUCCGAUUCGCCACAUAAACUGUAUCGGAGGAUGAACGCCGCUGCUGCGUGAGGAGGAGAGAGGAGGAGAAGAAGAAGAAGCGAGGAAGCAGCGUAAAGUGCGCUCAAACCCGGUCACUCGCCUCGUGUCUUCCCUCAAAGUGGUUUUUCUGUUGCGUUUGUGGAUCUGGCGCCCCUCUCCUCUGCGUCCCUGCACCUUCUUACCGACUAUUUGGCUCUUUCACAUUCCUAAGGACAGGAUCGUUGCACAGGCUGCACCUCGUGUCAUCAAAAAGGUCCAGAAUGUGGCAGACCCGGUUUGCAGCAGGUUACCGUCUCCUUGCGUCUCUACUCCUGAUCUGUUUCGACUCGGGUGCAGUGUCCACAGUGGUAAACAUGCGAAGGGUCACUCAUCCUACAGUUACGGAGCUGCUGGCAGGAAAAGCUCUGCUGCCCUGUGUGCUCACUCUCCAGCCCAGCUCCAACAGCGAUACUCCUCACAUCAUAUGGACUCGAGUCAGGCUGCCAGCAGGUGGCCAAGGGCCCCCCCUGCAGCAGACUGUUCUCUCAGCUAAAGGUGAUGUCAUAAAGGUGAACAAGGCUUUCAGUGGCCGUGUCAGACUGCCAGGGUACACUGCCAAUCCUCUGAAUGCUACCAUGGAGAUCUCAAGUCUCCGCAGUAACGAUUCAGCCACUUACCACUGUCAGGUUGUCAAGGGAGACGCCUAUGAGAGAGACAACGUGCCUCUGGUGGUCUCUGGUGUGGUGUUCCACUACCAGACUCCUGGUACACGUUACGCCUUUUCAUUUUCUGAGGCACAACAGGCCUGCCUGGAGAACUCGGCUCAUAUAGCCAGUGCAGCCCAGCUGUGGGCAGCAUAUUACGAUGGCUUCUCCAGCUGUGCAGCCGGCUGGUUGGAGGAUCAGACUGUCCGUUAUUCUGUCCAGUCGCCAGAGCUUGGUUGCUAUGGACACGAGGAGUACUCGGCUGGAGUGAGGAACUAUGGAAAGAGGGAUCCAAAGGAGCUGUUUGAUGUUUACUGUUUUGCAGAGAAAUUUGAUGGUGAGGUGUUCCACUCGUCUGUCCCAGGCCGCCUGUCACUGUCCUCUGCCUCGGAUCGCUGCGUGUCACUGGGGGGGCAGCUGGCCACAGUGGGGCAGUUGUACCUGGCAUGGAGAGCAGGCCUGGACAGCUGUGCUCCAGGUUGGCUGUCCGAUGGCAGUGUGAGGUACCCAGUCAGCUGGCCUCGACCCAACUGUGGAGGGAGCCAACCUGGAGUGCGCACAGUGGCUCCCAAUAGCACUAUGGACAACAGCACAGCACUGUAUGACGCAUACUGCUAUAGAGGUAAAGUGAAGGAUUCGCGGUCCAUUUCCCAGAUCUAUUCAUCUCUGUGGAAGCCCUGGAGUUACCUCACAGGAGCCACUGAAGCUGGGACUCCAAGCCCCGCCGUGACCAGGCAGAACUUUGGCACUAGUCCAGGAUCAUUAGGCAGCAGUGACAUUUCUGCAUCAUCUAACUGGACUGGAUUAGUUGAAAUUGAGGAUGAGGCAGCACACAAUGUUUCAGACGCAUCUUCAGAUCCCUGGUCAGAAGAAUCGUCCGAGUCUUUUGUUACCCUGCGGAUGGUCCCGGGACAGCCUUCAUUAGACUGGGGGGAGCUACUGGAGCCCGGGCCAGAGUCAGAGGAGUUCCUUAGACCUCCAGUGAAGCCCACUCCUGCAGAGAAAAAGGUGAUGUCAAAAAUAGUGAACUCCAUGUGGAAGCCGUGGAAUUAUUUGUUAGGAGGUGAGGACGGGGCUGAAGUGACAAAAGAGCCAGCAGAGGAAAAGGAAACAAAAGAGAUGGAGGAUAAAUCUAAAGAACCCACUGCAUCAACAGGUCUAUUUUCUUGGGGAAGUUGGUUUGGUGGCCAGUCAAAGGAAGAGCCCACACCAUCCAGCGAAGAAGCGCCCACCCAUCUGUCCACCUCCGCCGAACCCUCAACUCCGGGCACCUCCAAACAGCAUACAGAACCCCCUAUGUCCACCACGCCAAGUCCCGACCCCCAGACCACUCCCACCAGCGUCUCCUGGACCCAACCGGACACCACCACACAAGCUAGCACCAAGAGGGAAGAGACCACGCGGCACGGAAGAGGACGGGGCAGGGGCAAGAAGCACAGGGGAGAGGACAAGGGUAAAAUGGAGGAGGAGGGAAGCGGAGAAAUCACGGGGGCGGAAGCAAAAGGCGAGAUUCAAAUGUCUCGACGACCAACGGGGACCAGCAAACCCAGGGAGAGAUCCAGAGAGAAGAACAGGGAGAGGGGCCACCGGAGAGGGCAUGCCGCUAAAAACGCAGCAACCACCACAGCCAGUCCAUUAGAGCACACUAACUGGUCUGAAAGCACACAUUUGUCAACAUUUGAAACCACCAAACAAACAGAAAUGAUGUCCACUACCACAACAGAGGCUAGAUCUCCAAACUUCUCCCGGACUACAAAUAUUCACUCCCACUCGGAGUCAUCACCAACAUCUGUGUCUUCAUCAACAUCGCAAACCCAGACGUCCACAUUUGAACUGGGACGCCCCUCUUUCUCUUCUUCCUCCUCUCCCUCCUCUCCCCUCUCCCAGAGCACAUCCACUGACCCAUAUAAGUCUCUUGAAUGGGUCCCUGUGAAUCCUACGGAGCUGAACAACUCUCAAAGGUAUCCUCCGCAAAUGCAGCCCAUCCCGCUUCAUGAGGAAGACCCCGUAUGGUCUCACACCGUUGGUUCGGGCGCCCUGUUACCUGGCAACAUGGAGGAGGAGAGUCGUAGAGGAGCGGACAACAUCAGUGCCAUUACGCUGAGUCCAACAACAGUGGGUGCUGAGGUGGAGCCCUGCGUGACAAACCCGUGUCUGCAUGGAGGAAAGUGCCUUCCUCAAGGGACCGGCUACAGCUGCUACUGCUCACAAGGGUUCACGGGAGAAAACUGUGAGAUUGAUGUUGAUGACUGCCAAUCCGAGCCUUGUGAAAACGGAGGCACUUGUGUCGACAAGGUUGAUUCAUUCCUCUGCCUCUGUCUGCCCAGCUACGGAGGGGACACUUGUGAAAAAGACAUUGAAGGUUGUGAGCAUGGUUGGAGGAAGUUCCAUGGACACUGCUACAGGUACUUCACUCAUAGACACACAUGGGAGGAUGCAGAAAAAGACUGCAGAGAGCACAGUGCCCACCUCUCCAGCAUCAUAUCUGCCACCGAGCAAGAGUUCAUCAAUGGUCUGGGUCAUGACAAUGCCUGGAUUGGUUUAAAUGAUCGCACUGUUGAAGAAGAUUUCCAGUGGACCGACACUAAUGAUUUGGUCUAUGAGAAUUGGAGGGAGAGCCAGCCAGACAAUUUCUUUGCAGGAGGGGAGGACUGUGUGGUGACCAUUGCCCAUGAGGAUGGCAAGUGGAACGAUGUGCCCUGCAACUAUAACCUGCCCUACAUCUGCAAAAAAGGCACAGUUUUGUGUGGGACCCCGCCUGCAGUGGAGCAUGCACACUUAGUUGGCCGGAGGAAAUCUCAUUAUGACAUUCAUGCAGUGGUGCGUUACCAGUGUGCCGAAGGCUUCUACCAGCGCCACAUCCCCACUGCCCGCUGUAGGGCAGAUGGCACCUGGGAAAGGCCCAGAAUCAUCUGCGCAAAAUCACGACGAUCACACCGAUACCGACGUCACCAUCACAACCAGCGCCACGAUCACCACGGCCACAGGAGACACGGAGAGGGCCACCACGCUCGGGACGACGAACGCAGCUACUACUGA